UUGAACUAACGCGGGGGCUAUAUUCCUUUACCGGUUCGAGAAGCGCGAAAUUACGCGAGUUUCAGUUUAAAUUCGCGUGUUUCGUACGAUAUUGGUCGCGUAGUGGUUUCUGUUAUGACUCAUUAGUGUUCCAGAUACAACUGCAAAUUUUGUGAAGUUGGAUAAGCAAAGUUCACCAUCAAAGAAGACGCCAAAUGUGGAAAAUCAUGUGAAACUUCUAACAAAGUACAAACCUUUUACCCCAGAGGAAAAACUAUGCUGCUAAGAUGGUUGGCUGUAGCAUUGCUGAUCUGUUCUGGAAACAAACUGCAAGCAGUAGAUCCAUCACAAUGCAUCGCUCCACUUGGAAUGGAAAACGGCCUUAUAAAAGACGAAGACAUAACCGCGUCAUCGUCAUUUGAUAGUGGAAAUGUUGGACCUCAGCAUGGACGUGUAAGAACAGACAAAAAUGGGGGUGCAUGGUGUCCUCAAAAACAAGCUACGACAGACUUAGACGAAUGGAUCCAAAUAGACCUUAAGUCCGUUCAUGUAAUCACUGGUACUGAGACGCAGGGACGGUUUGGUAAUGGUCAAGGAAUUGAGUACUCUGAGGCAUAUAUGUUGGAGUACUGGAGACCGAGGUUGCAAAAAUGGAUGCGUUACCGUACAACGAAAGGGGAAGAGGUGAUCCCUGGAAACAUUAACCCUUACCUAGAAUCCAAACAUCAACUCGAUCCACCCAUAUGGGCCAGCAAAAUCCGAUUCUUCCCAUACAGUUACCAUAAGAGAACAGUAUGUUUGAGAGUUGAGCUGUACGGCUGUAGAUGGACAGAUGGAAUAGUCAGUUAUUCCAUGCCACAAGGAGACAAAAGAGGUUCUAACUGGGAAUUCUACGAUAUCGGAUAUGACGGUGAUUGGGAAGGACAUGAGCUGAAGAACGGUCUGGGUCAGCUAAUUGAUGGAAAUUUUGGGCGAGAUGAUUUUAAAACUGACUUAUAUGAUGGUCAAUCUUGGGUCGGUUGGAAGAACGACACGCGACAUAAACCCAUCGAAAUAAAAUUUGAGUUUGAUAAAGUUCGCGAGUUCUCUGCAGUGCACAUCUUCUGUAACAACCAAUUUACCAAAGAAGUACAAGUGUUUUCCGUAGCAAAAGUUUUGUUUAGUAUAGGCGGAAGACGAUUUAAUCGCGGAGAGCCGAUCACUUACGAAUACGUCGAAGACCGAAUAUUUGAGAAUGCCCGGAACAUUUCCAUUAAGUUGCACCAUCGAGUGGGCAAAUAUGUAAAACUGCAGCUUUUCUUCGCUGCAAAAUGGAUAAUGGUUAGCGAAAUCUCUUUUGAAUCAGUUGUAGCUCAUGGAAACUUCUCGGUAGAGUCAGAACCCACUACAACUCCCCAUGUAAGAGUCUCUUCAGACCAUGAGAAAAUUGAAAUACCUGUACCUAGUGACGUCAACGAACCAGUGGUCAUAGUAGUUAUCUUAGUAGGAGUUGUCAUAGUUUUGAUCCUUCUUGGUGGCAUUAUUGUCCUAAUUUUUAAGGUUAAAAAUCGCAAGUUUCUUCGUAGUCCGAAUGCAUCAAAUCUUGCUUUUCCCAAUGGUACUCUUUCACAUCACAUUCAAGGUAACGAAAGUAUUUACAGUGUGCCUGAGAAGGAUAGAAUAGAAGCCUAUGGGGUGACAGAGAUAAAUAAUAGUAGCGGGGAUGAAUACUAUCGAAAAAGCCAUGGUGGAGGGUCUAUUAAGUCCAGUUUUCGGUCAACGUUACCACUACCGCACCAAGAAGAAAACACAUAUCAAGAGCCUUACCAAGCAAUGAAAUUCGCACCUUACUAUAGCUACAGCCCGAUUAUAAUGGAAAUGGCUGAUUAUAAUGACACUUCCACCAAGAAAUCUAGUUCUAACUGUGAUAAUUAUGAUUACGCUGUUCCUGAAGGCAAUACAUUACCAUUACUGGCUGGAUACGAACAAAACAGUUUGCCGACCUUUAGGAGUAGAAUAAACAGUAAUUCAUACCAGAACUCUCCCAAUAAGCAAAGAGUAUCCUUACGGAGCACAAGGAGUGAGGGAGCAGAAUCCAAGAGGUCUCCUACACAACAAGAGGCUCUAGCAAUACUGAAGAAAAGACUGGAAGAAACCACAAUAAAAGAGUUUCCAAGACAUAGAUUACGUAUGUUAUCUAAACUCUCAGAAGGGGCAUUUGGAACGGUCUAUAUUGCUGAAGCUGAUGGUAUAGACGAGUAUUCCUCACCACUAGACACUAGAUUAGUAGCCAUUAAAUUUUUAGGAGAUUCUGCUACAGAUAAAGAAAAAAAAGACUUCUAUAGAGACGUAAGAAUUCUGGCAGCGCUUGAUGAUGAUAACAUAGCACGAGUUCUCGGUAUUUGUAGCCAAGACGAGCCUCUCUGUGUGGUAAUGGAGUAUUUAGAACACGGCGACUUAAAUCAAUUCUUAAAAAUCCACGUCACUAGCGAGAAUAACGCCACUUUACCCUACGGGGUGAAAAGUUUGAGUUUUAAUUGUUUGCUGUAUAUAGCCACGCAGAUUGCCGGAGGGAUGCGGUAUUUGGAAACUUUGAAUUUUGUGCAUAGGGAUUUAGCUACAAGAAAUUGCCUAAUAGGAAAAGGCUACCAAGUAAAAAUAUGUGAUUAUGGCACAUACAACGAAUUAUAUGCAAAUGAUUAUUAUAAAGUGGAUGGUAAUACGCCAUUACCGAUUAGGUGGAUGUCUUGGGAAGCUGUUUAUCAAAUGAGGUAUACAACGAAGAGCGACGUAUGGGCAUUUGCAGUAACUUUAUGGGAAAUCUUGACCCUUUGCAGGAGACAACCGUUUGAUUAUAUGACAGAUCCUGAAAUAAUGGAAAAUUUAGCAAGGCUACACUGCGAUGACAAACAGUACCAAUACCUACCAAGACCUUCAAACAACAAAGACAUUUACGACCUGAUGCUGGAGUGCUGGUCACGAGUCGACUCUGAUCGACCAACUUUUAGGGAAAUUCACAUGUUCUUACAGCGAAAAAAUCUCGGAUACGCCCCUGUAUAGUUUCCGGUUUGAAUACAGGGAUGGCUUAAAACCUAUUUAUACUUUGUUGGUUGUUUUUCUUUAAAUGCUGCGAUGUGUACGUGUACGGGGACACUUUGUCACCCCCGUACGCUAUAGAUUAUAGAGGGAUCAAUGUUUUGUAAAUACUACACAGGGUGAUAACUUAUAAUAGUAUUUCUAUAUAGCUUGUUUUAUUUAUUUUUUUAAUACAACGACUUGAUUAGUUUAGUUCCUGAUUCGAUUUACUUCUAUGUGAUUAAUACUUAUUAGUGUUUAUGGUUCAAUAUGUAAUGUUCCAAGACUUCUAAGUAACCUUAAUAUGUUAACUAUUGACAAUAAUUACGCACUAAUUGUAAUCAUUUGGCCAUACUGACUAAAAGAGAAAUUGGAUUUUAGUCGAGUUGUACGUGCGACGUUGUGACGACCUGAAUCCCACUAAAAUUUCAGUUUAAAAUGUGGUUUUUACGUCAAAAAUGUCGUUUGUACUAUUUGGCAAGAGUGGUCAAUACGGUAAGCUUUUACCCGCAGUUUUACAUUUAUUCAUAACGCCGACUUAUGCUGCUAAUAAUAACAAAACUAUAAAACUAUAACUUAAACUUUGGAAGAUUUUCUUUAUAUUACUAUACAGGGUGUCCCAUUAGUGCGAUAACGGACGAUAGCUCCUUAUACAGUGAUACAAAAAAAAAUUUAUACAAAGUUGCUUUACUGUCUAAGGUGCAUAACAUAAAAAUAUGUUUGGAUAUACAGGGUGAUUUAUAAAUGUGAUAUGAUACACAACUUUUUUAAUUUAAAUGAAACACCCUAUAUUUUAUUGCAUUUUUGGAUUGCUUUAAAAAUUCUGCAUACUUUUUAUUAAGCAUCGUCUAUACCAAAACUUACCCGUUUGUGAGAUAUUUAAUAUUUUAUC